AGCGACCACGACGAUACUGAUAAGGGAAGGGGAAAAAACGGAAACGAAAGAGAGGAAUGGCGGCAGUUUCAGUGGUAAAGGCGGGGCCUCGAAAGAUACUGAUAACGGGAGUGAGUAGAGGCUUGGGAAGAGCAUUGGCCUUGGAGAUGGCGAAGAGGGGUCACAUAAUAAUAGGAUGCGCACGGACACAAGACAAACUCAACUCACUUCAAGCUGAGCUCUCAUCGUCAGAUAACAGUUCAUCUUCUUCCUCCUUCGAGCACCUUCUUAUGAAAGUUGAUGUGAAAUCAGAUAACAGCGUGGAAGAGUUGGCGCGGAUUGUGAUGGAAAGGAAGGGAGUACCAGACAUCAUAGUAAACAAUGCAGGGACCAUUAAUAAAAACAACAAGAUCUGGGAAGUUCCAGAAGAAGAGUUCGAUACUGUCGUAGAUACUAACAUAAAGGGGACAGCAAACAUGCUACGUCACUUCCUGCCUCUUAUGCUUGAAAGAAAACAAGGAAUUAUAGUCAACUUGUCAUCAGGUUGGGGAAGAUCUGCAGCUGCACAGGUUGCACCUUAUUGUGCUUCAAAAUGGGCAGUUGAAGGUUUGACUAAAUCUGUUGCAAAAGAAUUGCCUGAUGGAAUGGCAAUUGUUGCCCUUAGCCCUGGUGUGGUGAACACUGACAUGCUUGUUUCUUGCUUUGGCAGUUCAGCUUCCUUGUACCAGACACCUGAAGCAUGUUUAAUUUCAGGGGAAACCAACUCAGGAGAAAGAAGGCAUAAAACAAAAAGAAAAGAGCCAAAUUUGAGGUAAUUUAGCCCAGCUAGAACCAUGGCCCAGCCGAGAGAACAAGAGAGGUUCACUCGGCCCAUGCAGCCCAUGCUACACUCUUUGGGAGAACCCAAAGAGAGAGCCUAGCAAGAAAGCCAAUUCGGCCCAGCAAAGAGGAGGCCCGUUUCAGCUCAAGAGCAGCCUAAAUUGCAGCCCAAAUUUUAACCAAGGUGCAACCCAAAGUGCAGCCCAAGAAGAGUUAGGGGCAGCAACUUCUAGAGAGUUCAAGAGAAAGGGGCAGCAAAUUCUAGAAGUUUCAAGAGAGGCUAGAGGUGGCAGCUUCUAGACUCCUUGAAAGCCUAUUUAAGGAGGUCUCUUGGAG